AUGGAGGUUCUUCAGUGCCUCACAGCCGCUGCAGCGCUGUUCGCCGCCUCGUCUCUCGCCGAGCAUCAGUUUUUUUACGUCAACGAGUUGAGGAACUGGACGGCGGCUCAGAGUUUCUGCAGAGAGCGGUUCGUUGACCUGCUGACCUUAAGCAGCAUGGAGAACGUGACGACGCUGGUCGGCAUGACCGACGUGAAGCAGAUGGUCAGCGGAGCCGCGAAGCAUCGCGCCUGGAUCGGACUGUUGGACGACCCGAGCAGAUGGAACUGGUCGCUGUCCGACCCGAACGUGUUUCAGAACCCGGGAGACUCCGACUUCAGAAACUGGCAGCCRGGACAACCUGACAACCRCCAGCACCCUGAAGACUGCGUGCGGAUCUACGACGACGGGCUGUGGAGCGACUCUCCCUGUGGAAACUACGAGAAGUCUGUGUGCGCCACCGUGAGCGGAGCGGACGUAACGUUUGUCCUCGUUGAGCAGUUUUUCCCCUGGGCCGACGCUCUGGCCAACUGCAGGCAGCAUUACACAGACAUGGCCGUCGCCAGAGACCCGUCAGAGAACGAGAAGAUAAAGCAGGUGAUGCCGCCGGGUCAGUUCGCCUGGAUCGGGCUGAACAAAAACUCCUUGGUCUGGGUGGACGGAACCAGCCCCGCGUUCACCUACUGGAGGUCAGGGGAGCCGAACGACGACAAAGACAAAUGCGUCGUAGCAAACUUUGAUGACUCUGGAAAGUGGGAGGAUUAUCCUUGUGACUUUAACUUCCCGUUCUUUUGUUACGGAGAUGAAGAGCAAAACGUUCCGGUUUCACAGCAUGUGGUGAAGCUGAAGCUGGCGACGCCGUCCUCUCUGGACCUGAACGACGCCGCCCUGCUGGAAGACCUGCUGAUGAAGUUUGGGCAGAAGCUGAAGGACGACGGCGUGGAAGGCGGCGUCAGCCUGAGCUGGAAGGAGCAACCAGACGGAACGACCUUCCACAAGGAGGGAUGAGGAUGACCUUUAACCUUCAUCUGAGAYGGAUUCUCCUCUGAUCAAGGCUUUUGUUUGCUGUUUGGCUCUUUUCUGAUUUUAUGCAGAAACCUUGAAUAAAAAUGUUUGAAUAAAACUGGAACCUCUGGACGGUAAAUAGUGACUCUGACUCCCCAACAGGUCGACACUCUGUGCUUUUCUGUGCUCCAAGCUAGUUAGCAGCUGGCUAACUACACAUCUGGUUUGAAUCUAAAUAGUUAGUGCGUUUGUUAACUAGCUCUUUAGUUUGAAACUUAGCAGUUUGUUUCUUUAAACAGUCAUGUAUUUCAAUCAAUUAUGGAAAUAAAAAAAUCAUUAAAAACACUG